GGGUUGGUAGAGGAUUGUGUGCUACACUAAUAGUUUACUACCUCAUUGACGUAAGCACGUAAUACGUGCUCGACUGGCACGUCGGUGUCAUCUGCGCACGCGCAGCCUCUUCUUCGCUCCCGGAACUUGCCGGAAGUAAUUGCAAUGAUGAAGAUGUCUAUUGAAGAAUGUGGAUAGAGAAAAAAAAAUGUUAAAUUAUGUAUUCUUAUCAGUGUCGUGUGCGUGUGCGGCAGUGUUGUUGUGUUUUUAUGUAGGAAUUAAAUCAACACCCUCGAGGCUGCUGAGCAGACAAGAAUUAUCUUUGUAUGACGGACAGGAAGGCAGCAAAGGUGUUUACCUGGCCAUUUUAGGACAGGUGUUUGAUGUACAAACCGGCAUCAAACAUUAUGGACCAGGUGGUGCUUAUCGCUUUAUGGCAGGGAAGGAUUCUUCACUGGCUUUCAUCACUGGAGAUUUUACAGAAAAUAAUUUAAUAGAUGAUGUUUCUACUUUGUCACCUUUGGAGGUCGUCGCUUUGUUUGACUGGUUGGCCUUUUAUCGGGUGACCUACAGUCCUGUAGGUUUGCUGGUAGGUCGCUUCUACUCAGAAAGCGGAGUGGCCACAGAGGACCUGCUGCGUGUUGAAGCCGUGCUUAAAGAAGGCCAGCAGAUCAAAGCCAAGUUCGAAGAACAGACGCGUCGGUUUCCCGCUUGUAAUUCAGAGUGGAGCCCAGCUAGUGGAGGAAGAGUUUGGUGCUCCACCAACAGUGGUGGACUACAAAGAAGCUGGACAGGUGUACCACGGAAGCUCUUUUCUCCAGGAGCUCGUGGUGUUCAAUGUGUUUGCGUGAAAGAUACAUCUGCAGCCACAAAGAACCUCAACCUUCAGGAAUAUGAAGGCUGCUCCACUUAUGCAGACUCCUGCUCUGUUAGAAAAUGAUUAAUCAAACCACAAUUUGCAGAAGCUUCUGUUCCGAAUGAUGUACACUUAAAUUUGUCAAAUUUACUGUAAUUCAUUAACUUGGCAAUGCAUUGAUUUAAUUGGUUACCUGAAAAGGUAUGUUGUCAUACAAUCAGUGAUCAGGUCUCAAAUGCAACGAUUUGUCCGACUAUUGUGUUCUGUGGCCAUUUCACUCCAAAGUACCUCAACUGAACUUUAGAUCAAACAUUUUGAGUUAAUAAAUUACAUACAAUUAAGUAACAUUUAAAAUGUUAAGGCCAUUCUAACAAUAAAAUUGUCAAAAUAUUGGGUUUUUUUUGUAUUUUAAAAUUUUUGCAAGGGAGUAAUUAUCUGUGUUAAAUUCAAAUUCAAGUGUGAUUAUCUAAUUUAAAAAAAUAAUAGACCACAUGUAUGUAUGGCAAGUAAUAGUUUUCACUUGAAAAUGACAGUCUGAUAAAAAAUGAUGAAGAAGUUGAAAACCUCUUUAGUUUUACAUGAUCUUUAUGUAAAGACUUCCUUUGUUGAAAGGAUACACUAGAAAGAGACAAGCUAGGUAUCUGAGCAUACAGAUAGAAUACAAUAAAGGUUUUACAAUGUGCAUAAAAGAUUAACAUGUUUAGGUUUGUCAACUUGACAAUCACAAACUGCAUUGAAGUACAAAAUGCUUGCAGUGGUCAAAAAAUAUCACACAUUUAUCUGUACAAUUGAACAAAGACUUGGCCACCAUCUCCUAAAUCAUGGGACAUAUCACAUCUUAAUAAAGUGCAGCUGUUAGAAAUGGGAAAUCAAAGAAAGUAGGAGUCAAGACAACUUGAGGCAUCAUUGAGUAGACGCUUGUUACGCCUGACAAUUGGAAUGUACAACGUGGAAAAAGGGGCUUAUUAGACUCAAUCUAUCAAUAACGGUGAAAACAUACAACAAAAUUAUCUCAUGUUUUUGGUCAAUGUUUUACCACAUAAAAGCAUCAAUGUUAUGAUUGGUAAUAUGAAGUAUUUCAUCAAUCAUUGAUCCAAUACAAAGACAGGAGAGGUUUAUAAAAUCGAACAGUCUUUGGGCAGAUGGUGGAGCAUAAAAGCUGCAGUGGUGAAGUAAUAAAUGACUUCUGAACAGCGUUUAUCAUUAAGCUGUUUAUCGUUGAACUGCGAUGACCAUGAAAAGGAACUAGCUGAAAAAGAGCUUAUCAUAGCAAACAUCAAUGAGCUGAAGUAGUUACCUCAGCCAUGCAUUUGCCAAAUUGCUCUGUAUUCAUUUAUGCAUUAUAUUUAUAUACAGUGUACGUACACAUA